AAUAAAACCCUAUAUGUUCUUCUUCCUUCUCCGUCUUCAUUCUCCGGUGGCAGUUGUGGAUUCAGGUGAAAUCUCCGUCUGAGUGGUGGCGGUUAUGGCGGCGCCGAACAACACGAAGGAUCUAACCCAAGCCACCGCUAUGGCUUUAAACCCUCCAAAAUCCCAACGUGGACUAAACAAGCCAAAGUGCAAACAGUGUGGCAACGUUGCUCGCUCUAGGUGUCCUUAUGAACAAUGCAAGAGGUGCUGUUCAAGAAAUGAAAAUCCAUGUCAUAUUCAUGUGAAGACGAAUUCAACUUUGCCGGACAAGCUGCCAUCUUCUUUUGGUGCUCCACUUGAUCAGCAAUCCUUAGAGACAUCUCAAUCAGCAACUGCAAGUAGAGUUGCAUCACUCCGACAACUUUCCAACAAUUUUGCGCAGUUCAAUAAUUUGAACAUUUCACUUCGUUCAAAGAAGCCACUGACAAUAAAGGAUGCUGCAACUAUAAAUGAAUGGCGACUUUCCAAGUUAAAGGAAUACAAGGAGCGAAAUAUUGACGUGGAAAAUGAAACUUUUGACCGUUACAUGCAAAAUGUAGAACUACUGGAAGAAGUGUUGUCUGUGAAAUCUGUGGAAAACAAUAUGACUUCUGCAUCAGAGUCUCCUACUACUUCCAUGGAAAACAACAAUGAGAUGAUGACCACGGGGUUGAAAUUACACCUAAGAUCAAACUCUUUCAGAAGUGAUAGUCUGAGAAUGAGAAUACAACAAUUUGUAGAUAAGGGAUUACACAGGCUUGAGAAGUUUGCAGUGGAUGAUGACAUCAAUAAACCAAUUGAUGAAGAACCUAGUGAAGUUUCUAAAAGGCCAAAAAGUUGUAGUGAUGAAAGGUUAUCUGCUAUAAGUGAUCUUAUUGAUAAAAUCAACAAAGCCAGGAGUGAGGAGGAUUUGAACUCUUGCUUGGAGAUGAAGUCCCAACUCUUCAAUUUGGAAGUGGACUCUGGCUCAAUAGAAAUUCUAGACCAUGAAACACCUGAGAAUGAAAUUGCUAAAAGCGAAUCCACUUCAGCAGAAGAAUUGGAUUAUUCUUCACCGAAAUUGGUUGUAACUGCUGAAGUUGAUCAAGAUACUCUAAACACUGUAGACAGGUACUUAUCUUCCCUUGAGCAGCAUGUAGAGGAGUUAUGAGGCGAAGUUUCUUGAUUGACUUUAGCUUCUGAAGAGAAACAUAAAUCAAAAUGUUGUAUCGUUUAAUGCAUCAUGACAAAGUGACAGAAUAUAGCUCCCUCAUUUUGUUUGAUAAAAUCAUGUUUGUGUU